AUGCCAGCAUGGAUAGACCGUGAGUCUCGGGUUCUGCCUCCUCUGCCUCAGGAACGGCCGGAUCACACUUUGACCCCGACUGCGAAGAUGACUGUCGACGAUCAAGUAGCUUCGACCGACCUUCAGAACCCGGCCGAUGCUCUUGAGUUUUUGGCACACGUCGCGGAGCGCAAUGGUACCAACCAACUACCACCAAUACGGAUGCAAGGCUUUCCAGCAGCUCCCAGUGCUGGCGACACGCGACGAAGUAGUGAUCAAGGUCCUGGCAACAGCAGCAACAUCCAUUAUCCGCCACUGGCAAAGGGGCAGCUGUCACUUGAGAUGAUUGAAAUACUCCUGGCGAGGUACGAGAAUAAGUACCAUCAGUACUUCCCUCUCGCCAAUCCUGCAGCUAUGGAUACUCACAAUCUACGGGAGAUCGCGAAGAAAGAGCCUCACCUGCUGGCUGCCAUUCUGACCGUCGCUUCAAAGGACGAAAAGGAAUGGUGGCAGAUACAUGAAGCAUGCAGCUCGCAUAUGCAGCAGCUCAUCGCUGAACUGGUAUAUGGUGGCCAUGGAUCCGUCGAAGCCGUGGAAGCAAUGCUCAUCCUCGCUGAAUGGGUUCCUCGAAGGCCUCAUGCGACCCCAAGUGUAGGUAGAGGAGAGGAGGACAUGCGAGCUUGGAUGUUCGUGGGAACAGCUAUUCGUCUGGGUUACUUACUCGGUAUCGAUCGCACUGGUUUCAGGACUGAGAACGAAGGCGAAACGACGGCGGACCUGAAUCGAAAACGCCUGGCGUGGGCGGCUUGUUAUAUGAGCGACCGACAAGUUUCCGUUCGGAUUGGCAAGGCUUUCUGGUCUCGAGGUCCUGGUCCCAUGACAGCGCUUCGAGCGCAGGACUUUCCGAGCCUUCAACCACGCUUCAAUCGCAACGACGAUUUUGCAGCGAUCUUCCAGGCCAACUUGGAGCUUACACAGCUAUUCUCGAAUGCUCACGAUGUGCUAUAUGCUACGAAGUCUCGCUCGAAUCAACUCAACUACGGCGGCGAGUACGUCAAGUACAUCGACGACUUCCGCGUUGCUCUUCGAUCAUGGCAUUCAACAUGGGGUGCAUUCACCUGCUCUCCCCCGCUCAAAGCCAGCCUCAUACUGUCUUACGAGUAUCUUCGCCUUUACGUCAACGCCUUCGCAUAUCAAGCGACCAUCAACCGCCUGGCGUCUCAAGUCGAGGCUGCUGCAAACGGACAGCAGACAAGAGCACCGAGCCAUCCAUUUGGCGCCGAUAUUGCGGCAACACCUGACGCUCGCUUCAUCUACGACUCUAUUGACGCUGCCAAGUCACUGCUGAGCACAUUCAACAGCUUCGUCGAUCCUUGCGAAACGUUCCGCUUCAUGCCUCUGCGGUACUACCUCUACGUUAUCUACUCGGCAUGCUUCCUCUACAAAGCACGCUCGACAGGCGUCAUGGCUGGCGACUCGCGAGGGACCGUCCGCCGCAUGAUCACAGACACUGUCGACAGACUCCAACGGGCAAGUGCCUGUUCGAACGACGUUGGCGAUCGAUACUCGCGUCUCAUCAAGCUGCUGUGGAGAAGGCCGCCAGGACCGGCAGGACGCCAGUCAAUCGCUGAAGGCGCAGAUAUGACACGAGUCGCAAGCACGCAGCCGAGAGCAGGUCCAGCGAUGAACGCUGUCGACGGUCAGCAGCAGGACCAGAUGCUGUACGAGCCGGCACCUAUUAAUUCGUUCUCCUGGCUGGAUUUGCCUGCCGUGGGAGAUUUUGCGAUUACGAAUAAUGAGAGUAUUGGAAGCGGGAGUUUUGAUGGACUCGAUCGCUUCGACGAUAACUCGACAGAUGGGUUUGCUGGCUUCGACCAGAAUAUGCUGAUGCCGCAGUUCGCUUGGAACGGGAUGUCGCCGUCGGGUGUGAUAUUUUGA